AUGUCUUCCACCCUCUUCCGGUGCCAGCGCUGCAACCAGCCCCUGAAGCUCCGUGCAAUGCAGGAAGGGCCCUUGGAAGCCCAGCAGCAUGCCAGCCCCUCCCCAAGGGCCAGGACCUCCAGCAGCCCCCUUCCUGACUGUGGCAAGUCGUCCCAGGAAAGUACCUGCUCCACCUUCUCUCUGCUUGGUGAGUUGACUGCCCAGAGAACUUUUGCAAUGCAGGAAGGGCCCUUGGAAGCCCAGCGGCAUGCCAGCCCCUCCCCAAGGGCCAGGACCUCCAGCAGCCCCCUUCCUGACUGGGGGGAGUCAUCCCAGGAAAGUGCCUCCUCCACCUUCUCUCUGCUUGGUGAGUUGACUGCCCAGAGAACUUUUGCAAUGCAGGAAGGGCCCUUGGAAGCCCAGCGGCAUGCCAGCCCCUCCCCAAGGGCCAGGACCUCCAGCAGCCCCCUUCCUGACUGUGGCAAGUCGUCCCAGGAAAGUGCCUGCUCCACCUUCUCUCUGCUUGGUGAGUUGACUGCCCAGAGAACUUUUGCAAUGCAGGAAGGGCCCUUGGAAGCCCAGCAGCAUGCCAGCCCCUCCCCAAGGGCCAGGACCUCCAGCAGCCCCCUUCCUGACUGGGGGGAGUCAUCCCAGGAAAGUUCCUCCUCCACCUUCUCUCUGCUUGGUGAGUUGACUGCCCAGAGAACUUUUGCAAUGCAGGAAGGGCCCUUGGAAGCCCAGCGGCAUGCCAGCCCCUCCCCAAGGGCCAGGACCUCCAGCAGCCCCCUUCCUGACUGGGGCGAGUCAUCCCAGGAAAGUGCCUCCUCCACCUUCUCUCUGCUUGGUGAGUUGACUGCCCAGAGAACUUUGAACACUAUCCAAAAUGUUGUCUUAGAGAACUCUGAAAACCUCUCCGGCCAAAAAGAUGUGGACCACCCGCUCUGUGUGGACUGUAUGGACAAUCUUUUGAAGGAACUAGAUGCCCAGCUCACUCUAGAUGAAGCUGACACCGAGAAGUACAGACGUUUCGUGGAGAGAGAGUCGCUGGUGAGUGAGGAGGAGAGGGAGGCCAUGCAUGUGGAGCUCUUCGCUGAGCUGCGGAGUCUGGAGCAGGAAGAAGCAAGGCUGGCUCAGGAGCUGAAGGACAUAGACAGCCAGAAUGCAAGAAUAAAGGCUGAACUCAGAGCAGCCCAGGCAGAGAGCAGGGAGCUCGAACAACAGGAGGAGGAAGAUUUGAAGGAGUACGCUGCCUUGACAAAGGAACAGCUGGAGCUGAUGGACAAGCUGAGCAGUGUGGAGAACCGAUUGGCGGAUGCCCAGAAGCAGCUGUGGCGCCUGAGAAAGACCGAUAUCUUCAAUAUGACGUUUACCAUCUUGGAUGAGGGGCCGCUGGGCAUUAUCAACAACUUCAGGCUGGGCCGCCUCCCUGGCAUCCAGGUGGAAUGGGGUGAGAUUAAUGCCGCCUGGGGACAGACAGCCUUGCUGCUCUUCAGCUUGUCCAAGCUAGCUGGACUGCAAUUCCAGAGGUACCAACUAGUGCCCUAUGGGGACCAUUCCUACCUUAAGUCCUUGACUGGUGAUGGGGUGCUGCUGCUGUUCUCAGAUGGGAGCCACAGAGUCUUCCACAAUAACAAGUUUGAUCGUGGGAUGAAGGCCUUCCUGGACUGCCUGCAGCAGUUUGUGGAGGAAGCUGAGAAGAAAGGCCUCUUCCUGCCCUAUAGGAUCCACGUGAAGAGAGGGGUGCUGGAGGAUACCAGGGGCACUGGCGAGUGCUGCUCCAUCAGGACCCACCUGAACUCAGAGGAGGAGUGGGCAAAGGCUCUUAAAUUCAUGCUUACCAACUUAAAGUUGAUUCUUGCUUGGGCUUCGUCAAGGUACUGUUUUAAGAUAGAACCAGUCUGGAGCCAUUUUAAAUAA